AGACCGCCUCGGUGUCCCAUCACUCACCUGGGGAACUCACGCCUCACAGGUAACCGUUACUCAAAACCGACCAAGAUGUCUUCUCUUCGGUAUACACGUGCCCUUGCUGCCGGAUGUGCGGCUUUGAGAGGGGUCGCCAGACAGCAGAUUUGUUGUUCAUCAAGAAGAACGAAGAAAGAAGAUGCAAGAACGAAGAACGAACUUACCAUCGCCAGGUGCGACAAAGCUGCAACACGUGUACAAACCGCCGGUGUCUGAGCCUUGCAGCUGCGGCUCAGCAACAAGCACGGACCAAGAUAUCACAGACACCAGCUAACGCCGUGAUGUCCGCCACCCGGACGAGCGACUCUCUGCACCUCGUGUUCGGCGACGGCACGAGCAGCGACCUGCCUUACGUGUGGCUGAGGGACAACUGCCAGUGCGCCCAGUGCUUCAGCGAAGGAGCUCUGGGCAGGAAGCUCCUCAUGCAGGACCUCGACUUGAAUGUGAAGCCUGCGCUCAUAUCCGAGAGCGAGCGAGGCGUGACAGUGGAGUGGACAGACGGGCAUUAUAGCGAGUUCACGGGCGAGUGGCUGUACGAUCGCGCCUUCACGCCGACCUCCCGCACCAGACGGCGACAUCAGUUCGCGUACACAAGGGAACCUUGGGGAGCAGAUCAUAGGCUUCCUGAAUAUGAUUAUGAGCGCAUGAUGAAGGACGACAAGGUGCUGCUGGACUGGCUCAUCACGAUGGAGAAGAAGGGCUCGGCGAUGGUCAAGAACGCCCCCGACAGAGACAUCGCCGGACCCGAACUCAUCGAGCACAUUGCCUACGUGAAGCCCUCCCACUACGGGCCACACUCCCCCGUCAUCAACCGACCCGAAUCCAACAACGUGGCCUUCACCAACGCCAAGCUCGGAAUGCACAACGACCUCGCCCAGUACGAGCACAUGCCCGGGAUCAUCUUCAUCCACUGCCUGAAGCAGCACAUCGGCACCGGCGGGGAGAGCGUCAUCGCCGACGGCCUGCUGGCGGCGGAGAUCCUUCGCAAGAGCAACCCGGACGCCUUCCACGUCCUCACCGCCACCGACGCCUACUUCUGGGACAAGGGUCGUGCCAACUACAGCUGGGAGAUGCCCGAGUUCUACAAGAUCUCCAGGCAUCCCAUCCUCACACUUGACAGCAACAACGACGUGUGCCGCGUGUCGCUCAACAACGCCGUCCGGGACUCCUUCCUUGACCUUCCUGCCCACAAGGUCAAGAGCUUCUACGCAGCCAUGAAGCUCUUCAACGACAUCUUGUACGACAACUCCCUCGUGUUCAAGAUGGACUCAGGUGACAUAAUGACCCUGGACAACGUGCGCUGCCUCCACGGGCGCGAGGGCUACGAGGCCUUAAGCGAGCGCCACAUCGAGUCCUCCUACCUGGACUGGGACGAGGCUCGCUGCCGUCGGCGCCGCCUGCAGGAGAAACUCGGCGCAAAUGAUCGGAAAUAAGUACCGCCGCUCCCGAAAACCUGCAGUCGAUAUCCAGUCGAGAGCAGGUCGCCUUGACAGAUGGUUAUGAAUGCAAUGACUGGCAGAUGAAUGUCAUCAUUGGCAAACUCCCGAUCACACUUCAGAAGCGUGGUCACUGAAGUCACUUGGUUGUGACAGCAAUUCAGUUGCAUUUUUGUUAGAGUUUAUAUUUUUCUUUGAAGAGCAUCGGUAUAUUCAUUAGUUGGGCUAAUGAUAUAUGUAUAAUUUUAGGUAUUAGAUUGAGAAUGAGUAUAUUUUGUCCCUCUAUUCCUUAUAGAUUUGUUUAUAUAUGUAACACGUUUACAAUGUGAAAUGCAUAUCGUUUAUUUACCAACGAGGAAAAUACCUUUAUAUGCUAAUGACAUAUUUGUUUUUAAUAAAUCGGGAUAAUGA